AUGACGUUUGAGGCAGCAAAAGAAAUUGCUGACAAGAUUGAUUCGUUGGAGGAGCAGGCCUCACAGGGUUCCUUUGUCGCCCAUCGACGUCAGGAUGUACUUGCAUUGCCUCCUGAGCCUGAGGUUGGUCCAUCAGCUACUCGUGUCAAAACAAAGGAGAGAUGUGUUGAUCCAUUAGGGAACGAUCCAGACAUAGGUGACUCAGAAAAAUACGGGUUUCUUUGGUUCCAUUACAUCACAAUGUUACUUAUUUGGUUCUUUUUAUUCUCCUACAUGACUAGAACUUCCACUUCAGUAGACCAUUUAGCAGCGAGUCGAUCAAUCCGAGAUAGUCAGAUUUUGGUUUCAGCAGGUAAUAUUACGGCACUGGGUUUCUUCAGUCCCGGAAACUCAACAAGACGAUACUUGGGUAUAUGGUUUAGAAAAGUACACCCUUUUACAGUGGUGUGGGUGGCUAACCGAAAUACACCUCUUGAGAAUGAAUCAGGAGUCCUAAAACUCAACAAAAGAGGGAUUCUUGAGCUUCUCAAUGGCAAAAACAGCACCAUUUGGUCAUCAUCAAGCAACAAAUCAAGCAAAGCAGCGAAAAAACCAAUUGCUCAACUCCGGGAUUUGGGAAAUUUGGUAGUGAUAAAUGGACCCAAGCGCAACACUAAGAAGCACAAAACCAAUAACGGUGACAUCUUGUGGCAGAGUUUUGAUUAUCCGGGUGAUACAUUGAUGCCAGGAAUGAAACUUGGAUGGACCUUAGAGAAUGGUCUAGAAAGGUCUCUGUCAUCUUGGAAAAAUUGGAGUGAUCCUGCUGAGGGGGAAUAUACUCUAAAAGUUGACCGUAGAGGAUAUCCUCAAAUAAUUUUAUUCAGGGGACCAGAUAUUAAAAGGAGACUAGGUUCAUGGAAUGGCUUGCCUAUAGUUGGAUAUCCAACUUCAACUCAUCUAGUGUCGCAAAAAUUUGUAUUCCACGAAAAGGAGGUGUAUUAUGAGUACAAGGUUAAGGAGAAGGUUAAUAGAUCGGUCUUCAACUUAUAUAAUCUGAACUCUUUUGGCACUGUGCGUGAUUUGUUUUGGUCAACUCAAAACAGAAACCGGCGUGGAUUCCAAAUUUUGGAACAAAACCAAUGCGAAGAUUACGCCUUUUGCGGCGUAAAUUCUAUAUGCAACUAUAUUGGUAAGAAAGCUACCUGUAAAUGCGUGAAAGGAUAUUCUCCCAAGUCCCCUUCAUGGAAUUCGUCAACUUGGUCUCGCGGUUGUGUUCCUCCAAUUCCAAUGAAUAAAUCUAAUUGCAAAAACAGUUAUACAGAGGAAUUCUGGAAGAACCAGCACAUGAAAUUUCCAGACACCUCUUCAUCAUUGUUUAUUGAGACCAUGGACUAUACAGCUUGCAAAAUAAGGUGUAGGGAUAACUGUUCUUGUGUAGCAUAUGCAAAUAUAAGUACUGGUGGUGGAACUGGCUGUCUUCUCUGGUUUAAUGAGCUGGUUGACUUGAGCUCUAAUGGGGGACAAGACCUUUAUACCAAAAUCCCUGCUCCAGUACCCCCAAACAAUAAUACAAUUGUCCAUCCUGCUUCAGAUCCAGCUGACCAUAGAAACCUCAAGAUAAAGACAGUAGCAAUCACUGUUGGUGUGACUACUUUUGGAUUAAUAAUCAUAUAUGUGUGGAUAUGGAUAAUUAAAAAUCCAGGGGCUGCAAGAAAAUUUUACAAGCAGAAUUUCAGAAAAGUAAAGAGAAUGAAAGAGAUUGAUUUACCAACUUUCGAUUUGUCAGUCUUAGCUAAUGCGACUGAAAACUUUUCAAGCAAACACAAGCUUGGAGAAGGUGGCUUUGGACCAGUAUACAAGGGAACAUUGAUAGAUGGGAAAGUGAUAGCUGUGAAAAGGCUUUCAAAGAAGUCCAAACAAGGGCUGGAUGAGUUAAAAAAUGAGGUGGCACUGAUUGCCAAACUUCAGCACCGUAAUCUUGUAAAGCUUCUUGGCUGCUGCAUUGAAGGAGAAGAAAAAAUGUUAAUUUAUGAAUACAUGCCCAACCUCAGCUUGGACUGCUUUCUUUUUGAUGAAACCAAAAAGAAAUUGCUAGAUUGGCCUAAGCGUUUCAACAUUAUUAGCGGUAUUACUCGAGGACUUGUUUAUCUUCAUCAAGACUCUAGGCUGAGAAUUAUUCAUAGAGAUCUAAAAACUAGCAAUAUUUUACUGGACGACAAUUUGGAUCCCAAAAUAUCAGACUUUGGCUUGGCUCGAUCGUUUUUGGAAGAUCAAGUUGAGGCAAACACAAAUAGGGUGGCUGGAACAUGUGGCUACAUGCCUCCUGAGUAUGCUGCGGGUGGGCGAUUCUCAGUGAAAUCAGAUGUCUUUAGCUAUGGAGUGAUUGUACUAGAGAUUGUAAGCGGGAAGAGAAACACAGAGUUUGCAAAUUCUGAAAACUACAAUAAUAUUCUUGGACAUGCAUGGACAUUAUGGACUGAAGAUAGGGCACUGGAACUACUGGAUGAUGUGGUAGGAGAACAAUGUAAGCCCUAUGAAGUCAUACGAUGCAUACAGGUAGGCCUAUUAUGUGUGCAACAAAGACCACAAGAUAGGCCACACAUGUCAUCAGUUCUUUCAAUGUUGAGUGGUGAUAAAUUGUUGCCAAAGCCAAUGGCUCCUGGCUUUUACUCCGGAACAAAUGUUACAUCUGAAGCAACUUCUUCGUCGGCAAAUCACAAACUGUGGUCGGUCAAUGAAGCUUCUAUCACAGAGUUAGAUGCAAGAUAGGAUAUGGAGGCAAGAAAAUGUUAUGUUUCACCUUCUAAUGUGAGAUAUGUCAGUUAUUUGACCAUACUUAACUUGUGAAAGUGUUAUUAUGAGCUUCUGCUUUAUCUAAUUUGUUUCAUUUAUUCUAACGAAUGUAUUUGAUAUGUAAAGAGUUCUAUAAAGACAAGCAUUCUUAACUGAAAUUUGCAACAGAAUAUGGAUGUGAA